AUGGCGAGACUGGGUCGCCUGCUGAGCGUGUUGGGCCUGGUUCUGUGCGGGGCGGCGGGCCUCGGUCUGAGCGCCCCUCCCGCGCCCACCCCCAAGAAGCCCAUCAUCGGAAUAUUAAUGCAAAGGUGCCAUAAUAAGAACAUGAAAGCCCUGGGAAAAUACUAUAUUGCUGCAUCCUACGUGAAGUUUCUAGAGUCAGCUGGUGCGAGAGUGGUACCAGUAAGGCUUGAUCUUGAAAAUGAACAGUAUGAAAAGCUUUUCAAAUCCAUUAAUGGAGUCCUUUUUCCUGGAGGAAGCGUUAACCUUAUGAGGUCAGGUUAUGCUCGUGUGGCCAAAAUGUUUUACAACUUGUCCAUAAAGAGUUUUGGCGAAGGAGACUAUUUUCCUGUGUGGGGCACCUGCCUUGGAUUUGAAGAGCUUAUUUAUCUGGUCAGUGGAGAGAGCUUAUUAACUCUUACAGAUACUGUUGGAAUUAAACUGCCGCUGAACUUCUCUAGAGGUACGUUGCAGAGCAGAAUGUUCCAGAAUUUUCCUUCUGACUUGCUGCUGUCAUUAGCAGUAGAACCUCUGACCGCACAUUUCCACAAGUGGAGCCUCUCCGUGAUGAAUUUUACAAAGAAUGAAAAGUUAAAGGCGUUUUUCAAUAUAUUAACUACAAAUACAGAUGGCAAUAUUGACUUUAUUUCAACCAUGGAAGGAUACCGGUAUCCAAUAUAUGGCGUCCAGUGGCAUCCGGAGAAAGCUCCUUAUGAGUGGGGGCAAUUAGAAGGCAUUUCCCAUGCACCUAAUGCUGUGAAGGCUGCAUUUUAUUUAGCAGAGUUCUUUGUGGCUGAAGCUCGGAAAAACAAUCACCAUUUUGAAUCUGAUGUUGAAGAGAGCAAAGCGCUAAUUUAUCAGUACCGUCCAAUUUACACUGGAAACGUUUCUUCGUUCCAGCAAAGUUACAUAUUUGAUUGA